GGAGCCCAGCCGAGCGGAGCGGAGCCGGGUAGCGGCGGCGAGCGGUGCUCCGUGCCAUCCGCUGCCGGGCCGCGGCGGCCGCGCUCCGGGUCGCCAGCCGGAGUCGGCGAGAAGGAGGGAGGGAGGGAGAACGGACGCCCGCCGCCCAGCCGCGCUGCUGCCGGGCACCGCUUUCUGCGGAGGACUGCGCGGGAGAUCCGCGAGACGGAGGCUGUCCGCCGCCCCGACAUGGCGAUCGCAAGGCAAGUGCUUUGUCUCUCUGCUUUCCUCUCCCUGCCGCACGCUCGCUCCGAGCCCAUCCGCUACUCCGUAGCCGAGGAGGGGGAGAGCGGCUCCGUGGUAGCGAACGUGGCGGAGGACGCGGGGCUGGCCCCGGCGCAGCUCUCGGCUCGCCGCGCCCGCCUGGCCUCGGAGGACGGCCGGCAGCACUUUCGCUUAGACCGCGGCACCGGCCGCCUCGUCGUGGCCGAGAGGCUGGACCGGGAGCAGCUGUGCGGGCAGUCCGGGACGUGCACGCUCCCCUUCGAGCUCCUGCUGGCAAACCCCCUGCAGUUCUUUCGGGUCGAGGUGACCGUGGAGGACAUCAAUGACCAUUCGCCCGUUUUCCCCGAGCAACAGGUCACUUUUAAGAUCCCGGAAAGGAGUGACCCGGGCUCGCGUUUCCCGCUGGAGGGGGCUCAGGACCUGGAUAUUGGCAGCAACAGCAUCCAGGCUUACAGCAUCGCUCCCGAGAACGAGUACUUUAGUGUCUCCUUUGGGAGUCAGAGUGAGGAUGACAAAUCUGUGGAACUGGUCUUGGAAAAGCCGCUAGACAGAGAGGAGCGGGCAGAUUUGAGCUUCAGUCUCAUUGCCAUGGAUGGAGGCACUCCACCCAGGAGCGGGACCACCCAAGUCCACAUUGUUGUUCUAGAUGUAAAUGACAACUCUCCGGUCUUCACACAGAAAUUGUACGUUGGCCAGGUACUGGAAAAUGCUCCGGAGGGCUCUGUGGUUGUCAAGGUGGUGGCAUCCGAUCUGGAUGCGGGACCUAACGGGGCCAUCUCCUAUCAAUUCAGCCAAGCGGUGGGCCAGAGCCCCUCGGCAUUUAUCAUUGACCCUGUGGGCGGUGAAAUUAGACUCACAAAGCCUCUGGACUUUGAGGUGGCAGAGAAUCACGAGCUCAGCGUGCGGGCCACGGACGGCGGGGGCCUCUCGGCAAUCUGCAAGGUGUUGGUGGAGGUGGUGGAUGUGAAUGACAACGCGCCGGAGCUGGUGGUCAGUUCCUUCAGCAGCCCCCUCCCCGAGAGCGCAUCACCUGGGACGGUGGUCACCCUCUUCACGGUCAGGGACCAGGAUGCUGGUGCCAACGGGAAGAUCACCUGUGCCCUGAAAGACCAGCUGUCGUUCUCCCUGCGACCAGCCUACAAGAAUUACUAUGAGCUGGUGACCGUGAGCGCGCUGGACCGGGAGGAGACGGCGCGGUACAUCCUCACUGUCACAGCAGCAGACGCGGGGUCACCUCCUCUCACGACCACCCAGACCUUCACGGUGGACAUCUCCGAUGUGAACGACAACGCGCCUGUCUUCAACCAAACUUCAUACACUAUGUACGUGCGUGAGAACAAUGUGCCCACAGCGCUCGUUGGAGCCGUCAGCGCCUCGGAUGCCGACGUGGGGCCCAAUGCCAAGGUGACCUAUUCCCUGGCCCCAGCGCACCCAGCAGAGCGGCCUCCCUGCUCCUGUAUCUCUGUGAACUCUGAGAACGGGCACGUGUUUGUGCUGCGGCCCCUGGACUACGAGCAUGUGAGGCAGAUUGAGGUCUCAGUGAGCGCCUCUGACGCGGGGUCGCCUCGCCUUAGCGCCAACGUGACCGUCCGCCUUGUCGUGGUGGACGAGAAUGACAAUGCGCCUCUGGUGCUGCACCCCGCCCAGGACAGCAGCCCACCGUCCAGCGAGCUGGUGCCCAUUUCGGCUGAGGCGGGGUACCUCGUCACCAAAGUGGUGGCUGUUGAUGCCGACUCGGGGCAGAACUCGUGGCUCUCGUACCACUUGCUGAAGGCCAGCGACCCCGGGCUGUUUGCGGUGGGUGCCCAAAGCGGGGAGGUGCGGCUGAGGAGGCCAGUGACGGAGAGGGACGCCGUGAAGCAGAAGCUCGUCAUCCUGGUGCGAGACAACGGGCGGCCACCGCUGUCAGCCACUGCGGCACUGAGCGCGCUCCUGCUCAGUGACUUCUCGGAGGUGCGCCUACCGCAGAGCAGCCUGGCCACGGAGGACGAGGGCAGCUCCCUGACCACCUAUUUAAUCAUUUCAUUGGUCUUUGUCUCGGUCCUCUUCCUCGCGUCCACGGUCGCCUUCGUCGCUCAUAAGGUGUGCAAGAGAAAGGAGCUGAAGGGUGGGCACGUGCUUUACGGCACCGGCAACUUGCAGAGCAGCCUGGCCGAGGCGGCCAAUGCGGGGACCCUGCCCCACGCCUAUUGCUACGAGGUCAGCCUCACAACAGGCUCGGGCAACAGCGAGUUCAAGUUCCUCAAGCCCAUCCUCCCCAGCCUGCCACCUCAGCACUGUGCCAGGGGCGGGGGCGCCGAUGAUGAACAGGAUUUGCCCCGGGGCCCUAUCACCAUGGAGGACGUGGCACCAGACAACCCAGGGACGCUCUCUGCCGAACCGUUCAACAGUCUUUCCUUUACCUACAUGUGGGCUAUCUUCCAGCCAGCGGAGACCUCCCCAGAGUCCCAAGACCUCUGGGGCUCGUUGGAGGUGCCCUUUAGGAAGGAUAACUUCUCAGGCCAGGGAAUAGACAGGCCUGUCAGAUGGGACCUGUUGGUCACCAACACGAGUGAGCUAAUCAGAGACGUCAAGAUUGGGGGCAGCCUGGGCUACAGUGAUCAUGCAGUGGUGGAGUCUGCAGUCCUGAGGGACAGGGGUCAGGCGAAGGGUGCGCGAGGUGGGGCUGUGGGUGCGGGCGGAGGACGGCGGGGCGCCGGCGCUGAGCAGCAACGUGUCGGUGCGGCUCGUGAUCGUGGACGAGAACGACAACGCGCCGCAGGUGCUGUACCCGCCGCCGGCGCCGGCGCCGGGCGCGGGCUGGGCGGGCGUGGAGCUGGCGCCGCGCUCGGCCGAGCCCGGGGCGCUGGUGGCCAAGGUGGUGGCGGUGGACGCGGACGCGGGGCAGAACGCGUGGCUGUCGUACGAGCUGGCCAAGGCGCCGGAGCCGGGGCUGUUCCGCGUGGGGCUGCACAGCGGCCAGGUGCGCACGGCGCGGGCCCUGUCCGAGAGGGACGCGCCCCGGCAGAGCCUCGUCGUGCUGGUGCGAGAGCGCGGGCAGCCGCCGCGCUCCGCCACCGCCACCCUCGGCAUCGCCCCGGUGGACGGCUUCUCCGACGUAUUCCGGCAGCUCAACCACGCUCCUGCGGGGAGGCAAGGAGCGAGAACCGCUGUGCAGCUCGCGGCCGGCUGGCGAGAGGGAAGCCAACGCGGGGAGCUUGGUGGCUCCCGUUCCGCCGCCGGACUGGCCGGCCGGCAGGCGCGUGCACGCCCGAGCCUUGCCGAGACCCGCCUCCGUUCCCCGUCCUCAGGCUGGGAUUCCCGAGUCGGUGUAGUGCCGUGCCGUGCUGGUUCCUGCGUGCUGCCCCUGCGGAGAGGCUCCUGGGCGGCUGGUCCGGCCGGGCAAGGCGGCUGAGUGGAUCGGGGCCGCGCCUCCGCCGCACGGCGCCGUGGGAACCGCCUCGUGCUUGUCUUGCCGCCGUGUUUCGCGAAGGGCACGGAUCGGCCUCCCGGGAGACAAGCGCGCCCGCCCGCCCGCGGGCUCUGGGCAGCGGGGGAAGACGCGGGGCAGCUGUGUGUGCGCACGGGUCCGUGUGCCGGUGCGAGCCGGCAGCGCGGGCAGCGGGCGGCGGCGGGCGCAGUCCCGCCGCGGGCCGCAGGGUGGUGCUCCCGGCCAAGGCGGCGCCGAGCGGCUGCGGGCGGGGAGGCGCCCAGCCCAGCCGAGCGGAGCGGAGCGGAGCCCAGCCGAGCGGAGCGGAGCCGGGUAGCGGCGGCGAGCGGUGCUCCGUGCCAUCCGCUGCCGGGCCGCGGCGGCCGCGCUCCGGGUCGCCAGCCGGAGUCGGCGAGAAGGAGGGAGGGAGGGAGAACGGACGCCCGCCGCCCAGCCGCACGGAGGCUGUCCGCCGCCCCGACAUGGCGAUCGCAAGGCAAGUGCUUUGUCUCUCUGCUUUCCUCUCCCUGCCGCACGCUCGCUCCGAGCCCAUCCGCUACUCCGUAGCCGAGGAGGGGGAGAGCGGCUCCGUGGUAGCGAACGUGGCGGAGGACGCGGGGCUGGCCCCGGCGCAGCUCUCGGCUCGCCGCGCCCGCCUGGCCUCGGAGGACGGCCGGCAGCACUUUCGCUUAGACCGCGGCACCGGCCGCCUCGUCGUGGCCGAGAGGCUGGACCGGGAGCAGCUGUGCGGGCAGUCCGGGACGUGCACGCUCCCCUUCGAGCUCCUGCUGGCAAACCCCCUGCAGUUCUUUCGGGUCGAGGUGACCGUGGAGGACAUCAAUGACCAUUCGCCCGUUUUCCCCGAGCAACAGGUCACUUUUAAGAUCCUGGAAACUAGUAACCCAGGCUUGCGUUUCCCGCUGGAGGGGGCUCGGGACCUGGAUAUUGGCAGCAACAGCAUCCAGGCUUACAGCAUCGCUCCCGAGAACGAGUACUUUAGUGUCUCCUUUGGGAGUCGGAGUAAGGGCAAGAAGUACGUGGAACUGGUCUUGGAGAAGCCACUAGACAGAGAGGAGCAGGCAGAUUUGAGCUUCAGUCUCAUUGCCAUGGACGGGGGUAUGCCACCCAGGAGCGGGACCACCCAAGUCCACAUUGUUGUUCUAGAUGUAAAUGACAAUGUUCCCAUCUUCACAGAAGAUGUGUACAUUGGCCAGGUACUGGAAAAUGCUCCGGAGGGCUCUGUGGUUGUCAAGGUGGUGGCAUCCGAUCUGGAUGCAGGACCUAACGGGGCCAUCUCCUAUCAAUUCAGCCAAGCGGUGAGCCAGAGCCCCUCAGCAUUUGUCAUUGACCCUGUGAGCGGUGAAAUUAGACUCACAACGGCUCUGGACUUUGAGGUGGCAGAGAAUCACGAGCUCAGCGUGCGGGCCACGGACGGCGGGGGCCUCUCAGCAAUCUGCAAGGUGUUGGUGGAGGUGGUGGAUGUGAAUGACAACGCGCCGGAGCUGGUGGUCAGUUCCUUCAGCAGCCCCCUCCCCGAGAGCGCAUCACCUGGGACGGUGGUCGCCCUCUUCACGGUCAGGGACCGGGAUGCUGGUGCCAACGGGAAGAUCACCUGUGCCCUGGAAGACCAGCUGUCGUUCUCCCUGCGACCAGCCUACAAGAAUUACUAUGAGCUGGUGACCGUGAGCGCGCUGGACCGGGAGGAGACGGCGCGGUACAUCCUCACUGUCACAGCAGCAGACGCGGGGUCACCUCCUCUCACGACCACCCAGACCUUCACGGUGGACAUCUCCGAUGUGAACGACAACGCGCCUGUCUUCAACCAGACUUCGUACACCAUGUACGUGCGUGAGAACAAUGUGCCCACGGCGCUCGUUGGAGCCGUCAGCGCCUCGGAUGCCGACGUGGGGCCCAAUGCCAAGGUGACCUAUUCCCUGGCCCCAGCGCACCCAGCAGAGCGGCCUCCCUGCUCCUGUAUCUCUGUGAACUCUGAGAACGGGCACGUGUUUGUGCUGCGGCCCCUGGACUACGAGCAUGUGAGGCAGAUUGAGGUCUCAGUGAGCGCCUCUGACGCGGGGUCGCCUCGCCUUAGCGCCAACGUGACCGUCCGCCUUGUCGUGGUGGACGAGAAUGACAAUGCGCCUCUGGUGCUGCACCCCGCCCAGGACAGCAGCCCACCGUCCAGCGAGCUGGUGCCCAUUUCGGCUGAGGCGGGGUACCUUGUCACCAAAGUGGUGGCUGUUGAUGCCGACUCGGGGCAGAACUCGUGGCUCUCAUACCACUUGCUGAAGGCCAGCGACCCCGGGCUGUUUGCGGUGGGUGCCCAAAGCGGGGAGGUGCGGCUGAGGAGGCCAGUGACGGAGAGGGACGCCGUGAAGCAAAAGCUCGUCAUCCUGGUGCGAGACAACGGGCGGCCACCGCUGUCAGCCACUGCGGCACUGAGCAUGCUCCUGCUCAGUGACUUCUCGGAGGUGCGCCUACCGCAGAGCAGCCUGGCCACGGAGGACGAGGGCAGCUCCCUGACCACCUAUUUAAUCAUUUCAUUGGUCUUUGUCUCGGUCCUCUUCCUCGCGUCCACGGUCGCCUUCGUCGCUCAUAAGGUGUGCAAGAGAAAGGAGCUGAAGGGUGGGCACGUGCUUUACGGCACCGGCAACUUGCAGAGCAGCCUGGCCGAGGCGGCCAAUGCGGGGACCCUGCCCCACGCCUAUUGCUACGAGGUCAGCCUCACAACAGGCUCGGGCAACAGCGAGUUCAAGUUCCUCAAGCCCAUCCUCCCCAGCCUGCCACCUCAGCACUGUGCCAGGGGCAGGGGUGCUGACGAUGAACAGGAUUUGCCCCAGGGCCCUAUCACCAUGGAGGACGUGGCACCAGACAACCCAGGGACGCUCUCUGCCGAACCGUUCAACAGUCUUUCCUUUACCUAGCGUGGAGUCAGCACAGCCAGAGGCUUCACGCCUCGUCACAGGAAGGGAUCCAGGCUACAGCUUGUGGCAAUGCUUCCUGCAGAGUUAAUCUGCAUUUGCAAUUGGCAUCCCUGGUUUCCCUCAAAUUCUAAGUCAGAAGAAAGGUUG